UCAUUUCGCCCGGAAGUAAGUCUGGUAGCGGCUAGGCUCACGCUACCAGCUCUUUUGCAACCCUGGAGCCUAAGCUGGUUGAAAGGAUGCCGUCGAUUGAAUACGACGAUUCCAAGCCCAGUUGGGCUGAUCAAGUCGAAGAAGAAGGAGAUGAAGGUACUCUACCAUCACCCAAAGAAACUAUCAAAGGAAACAUCAAAACCAUAACAGAGUAUAAAAUAGAUGAAGAUGGAAAGAAAUUCAAGAUUGUACGCACGUUUAAAAUUGAGACAAGGAAAGCCUCAAAAGCUGUUGCCAGGAGAAAGAACUGGAAGAAAUUUGGCAACUCUGAGUUUGAUGCCCCAGGUCCUAAUGUUGCUACCACUACAGUCAGUGAUGAUGUCUUCAUGACAUUUAUCUCCAGCAAAGAGGACUUGAAUGCCCAAGACCAAGAUGAAGAUCCCAUGAACAAGUUGAAAGGACAGAAGAUUGUGUCUUGUCGCAUCUGCAAAGGGGACCAUUGGACCACCCGAUGCCCUUACAAGGACACUUUGGGGCCAAUGCAGAAGGAAUUGGCUGAACAGCUUGGCCUUUCCACAGGCGAUAAGGAGAAACCUGCUGGCUCUGUGGAACCCGAACCUGCCCAGCCAGCACAGAGCAAGACUGGGAAGUAUGUGCCUCCCAGCCUGAGGGAUGGAGGCACACGGAGAGGAGAGUCCAUGCAGCCGAACCGCAGAGCUGAUGACAAUGCCACCAUCCGUGUGACCAACUUGUCUGAGGACACCCGUGAGACAGACCUGCAGGAACUGUUCAGGCCCUUUGGCUCCAUCUCUAGGAUCUACUUGGCCAAGGACAAGAACACAGGACAGUCUAAGGGAUUUGCUUUCAUCAGUUUCCACCGUCGGGAGGAUGCAGCCCGAGCUAUUGCUGGAGUGUCAGGAUUUGGAUAUGAUCAUCUUAUUCUCAAUGUUGAAUGGGCCAAACCAUCAAACAAUUGAGCAGAAAUAUCCCAAGUAUUCCAGAGGUUUGCCAGAUUUCAUCAUUGUAGUAAAAGUGAAAUAAAGUUUUGAGAAACUG